AUGCCUGGUCAGAUAAUUACCCGGCCAAACCCUCCCCCAACCCCCUCUCGUCUCCCAGACUCGAUGAACGAGUACGCCGUUAAACUCAAAUCGAAAAAUCCCCUCACGCCGUCCGAGCUCCGUGCAAUUCAGAAAUUUAGGCGAGCAGCCAACUACAUUGCCGCUGCGAUGAUUUUUUUGAAGGAUAAUAUCCUGCUUGAGCAUCAGUUAACUUUUGAUGACAUUAAACCGAGGCUUCUUGGCCAUUGGGGUACAUGCCCUGGCCUGGUCUUGGUAUAUGCGCACCUCAACAGGAUCAUUAAGGAGACUGGUGUCGACUCCUUGCUGGUAGUUGGUCCAGGUCAUGGAGCACCUGCCAUCUUGGCGUCCUUAUGGCUCGAAGACUCAUUAUCUCCCUUCUGGGACCAUUACACGCGUGAUCGUACUGGCUUGACAAGGCUCAUCACAAAAUUUAGUGCUCCUGGAGGUUUCCCAAGCCAUAUCAAUGCCCAAACUCCAGGAUCCAUUCAUGAAGGUGGUGAACUCGGCUACGCUCUCAGCGUUGCGUUUGGCGCUGUCAUGGACAACCCUCAUCUUGUCGUUACCUGUGUUGUUGGUGAUGGCGAGGCUGAAACCGGCCCGACCGCCACUGCCUGGCAUGCGUACAAGUACAUCGAUCCCGCUGAAUCCGGCGCGGUUCUCCCUAUUGUGCAUGUGAAUGGGUUCAAGAUCUCCGAACGUACCAUUUACGGAUGUAUGGACGACAAAGAGCUCAUAGCCCUAUUCAGUGGUUACGGCUAUCAGGUCCGCAUUGUUAGUGACUUGGAAAAUAUUGAUCAGGAUUUGGCUGCGUCGAUGGAAUGGGCAUUGGAGGAAAUUUAUCAUAUUCAACGUGAGGCGCGCUCAAUGAAGCCUAUCGAGAAGCCGCGCUGGCCUAUUUUGAUCCUCCGCACUCCAAAGGGUUGGACCGGUCCCAAGAAGAUGCAUAACGAGUUCAUCGAGGGGUCAUUUCGCUCACACCAAGUGCCACUUCCACAGGCCAAGACGUCACAGGAGGAGCUUCAAGCCCUACAGGAUUGGCUUCAAAGCUACAAUCCUCAUGAGCUUUUCACUACCAAAGACGACAUAGGGGUGGAGGGUGCACCUACCGAAGAGUUGCUAAGCAUCGUGCCUGACAAGAGGGAUAAAAAGCUUGGUUGCAGGAAGGAAGCACAUGCUGCAUUCCAGCCCAUCGAAGUUCCAGAAUGGACCUGUCUUGGGGUUCAAAAGGGAUCGCAGGCAAGUUGUAUGGAGGUAGUCGGAACGCUGUUGAGGGAUACGAUCAAGGAUAACCAAAAUACUUUUCGGAUUUUCUCCCCGGACGAACUCGUGUCUAACAAGCUAGGCGCUGUGCUUGAGGUCACCGGACGCAAUUUCCAGUGGGACGAGACCUCUCGGGCUCAGGGCGGGCGCGUCAUUGAAAUAUUGUCUGAGCAUACCUGCCAAGGCAUGUUGCAAGGGUACACACUCACUGGCAGGACUGCGUUCUUCCCUAGCUAUGAGGCUUUCCUUGGCAUUGUACACACCAUGAUGGUGCAGUAUAGCAAGUUCACGAAAAUGGCCCGCGAGACUGGCUGGAGGCACAAUAUUGGCUGCUUGAAUUAUCUAGAGACAUCUACGUGGGCACGUCAGGAGCAUAAUGGGUUUUCUCAUCAGAACCCGUCUUUCAUUGGGGCCGUCCUCGACUUGAAGCCGACGUCGGCCCGUGUGUACCUGCCGCCCGAUGCAAAUUGUUUCUUGUCCACGGUGUCCCACUGCUUGGGGGCGAAGAAAUAUGUGAACUUGAUCGUUGGUAGUAAGCAGCCCACGCCCGUCUGGCUGAGCCCUGAGGAAGCGCACAAGCAUUGCAUUGCGGGCUCGUCUAUCUGGAAAUUUGCGAGCGUCGACGAUGGGAAAGACCCGGAUGUCGUCCUGGUUGGCAUCGGUGUCGAAGUGACAUUCGAAGUUAUAGCGGCCGCGGCACUCCUUCGUAAGAUGGUUCCCGCUCUGCGAGUGCGUGUCGUCAACGUUACCGACCUCAUGGUUCUCGGACCCCAUGGCAUCCACCCGCAUGCUUUGAGCGACGAUGGUUUUAAUACGCUUUUCACCGAGGACAAGAAUAUCAUCAUCAAUUACCAUGGCUACCCCAUCGAAGUGAAAGGUUUGAUAUUUGGGAGGCCUGCCGUGGACAGAAUCAUCAUCGAGGGGUAUCGAGAGGAGGGAACAACGACCUCACCAUUCGAUAUGAUGCUUUGCAAUCACACGUCUAGGUAUCACGUUGCCGCAGCUGCCAUCACUGCUGGUGCUCGAUCCAACACGAAGUUGUCGGCAGAUUCAGAGACUAACGCGAACGCCUUCAUGGACAUGAUCAAAGAAGACACAAAGUAUAUUUAUGCUCAUGGGAUGGAUCCUGAGGGCACAUUUGACACUCCCAGAUUUGACUAAAGACAACGCUUGACAUGAGUUUCAGUGGUCCCCUAUGUAUUAAUAUUAUAGUUCGAUUUGUGACAAGUAAUUUUGCGUCUUGUAUUAUUAGCCCAAUGCAUAAUCUGUAGCUGAUAUAAGCAAAAAGCGACAGGCCUGGGACUCGAACCCAGAAUCUCUAGCGAUCGCCAAC